AUGAAUAAGCAAGACGCGCAAAUUUGUUCGUGGUUAGAGGAGUCUGAUUUAGAAGAUACCGGUGCACAAUGUUUCGACGAAAGUAUGUCUGAAAGCGAUCGGGACAGUGAAAAUUUGGAACAUAAUAGUGAUACCGAACAGUCAGGAGAUGAAAUGAUGUCAUCGGAGACAUGUUUCCAUCGACUGAAUUUAGUCGAUCAUCGGCCAUCGACUAGUUUCAAUUAA